ACUGCCCUGCCCCCCACUCUCACGCACGCACGCACACACGCACGCUUUACGACACACAAACAUGGCGGCCUCUGUUUCACCGCUACGCUCCUCCUUCAGGAUUUGUAGCCCGUUAACGUUACACCAUCACUGCUGCCGGGCCAAACAGCGGAUGCACAGAAAAUGCGACAGUCAGAGGAGACAUCUACACCAGUCGGCGACGAGGCACGCGGCUGUGGUGAUUUCGGGGACAGAGUUGGCUCGUCAGCUCCACAGAGAAAUCCAGCGUGAUGUGGAAGAGCUGGUAGCGCAGGGCAACAUGAGACCCCACCUAGGAGUGGUCUUAGUGGGAGACGACCCAGCCAGUCGUACCUAUGUUAAGAACAAGACCCGAGCGGCCAGCAUCCUGGGUAUUUCCAGUGACACAGUGGUGCGGCCUAGUUCAGUCUCCCAGGAGGAGUUGCUGGAGCUGAUUGACAAGAUGAACCGUGACUGGAGGGUCAGUGGCCUGUUGGUGCAGCUGCCACUUCCUGAGCACAUCAACGAGCGGGCAGUAUGUAAUGCUAUCGCCCCAGAGAAAGAUGUGGAUGGCUUUCAUAUUGUGAAUAUCGGCAAGCUGUGUCUGGACCAGAGAUCCAUGGUGCCUGCCACACCUGCAGCUGUAUGGGAGAUCAUCAAAAGAUCAGGUAUAGAGACAGUGGGAAAGAAUGUGCUGGUUGCUGGUCGCUCCAAAAAUGUUGGAAUGCCCAUCGCAAUGUUGCUGCACACCGACCGCAACCAUGAACGUCCUGGGGGUGAUGCCACAGUGACCAUUGCCCAUAGAUGUACACCGAAGGAACAGCUGAGGGAGUUAACCAGCCUGGCUGACAUCAUUAUUGCAGCUGCAGGUGUUCCCGGCCUGAUCACAGCAGAUAUGGUGAAAGAGGGCGCAGCAGUCAUUGAUGUGGGCAUAAACCGCAUCCAGGACCUAAAAACAGGGAAACUGCGGCUCAUUGGUGACGUGGACUUUGAGGGAGUGAAGGCGAAGGCAGGUUUCAUCACACCUGUUCCUGGCGGUGUGGGUCCCAUGACAGUCGCCAUGCUGAUGAAGAACACUGUGACCGCUGCCAGAAACGCACUGAUGCAUUAAACUCACAUUUUAAAACUCUUUGUUUGAUUGAAUAAUACAUAGUACACAUACAUACAUACAUACAUACAUACAUACAUACAUACAUACAUACAUACAUACAUACAUACAUACAUACAUGAAUUCAUAUAAGUUCACACUCACAUAAUUUAUGUUAAAAUCCAUGAGCAAAAGAUUACCAUACCUGCUGGGAAACUGACUUGAUAUAUACUUUGUUUAUAUUGUGAAUUUGUUUAUUUAUUUUAGUUAUUUAUUUCAGAGUUGUUCACUUUUUAAGAAUUUAGAUUCAUAUUUUUUCUACUGAAGUUGUUUUGGUUCAUUUUUGAACAUCCAGAUUCACUGGAAAAUAAGUAUUCAAUAAAAAACAAUGCUG